GUCUAUUAGCAAAGUAUCGCCCAAGUGGAUUUAUAUUGUUUUAAUUAAGAUCCAUUUCCUUUUUUUGCAACAAAAAUUUGAGCUUUUUGGGGAAUUUAGCACUCAUAGUAUUUGUGUGGCAAACAAAUUUCCGUAUUUCGUCGCUUGCUGAACUAUUUCGUCUGCUUGCGGACCUACACAUCACCCCGCAACAACUUUGCCAAGAGCUUAAUUCGUCUGUCUGUAACUUCUUUCAAUUACAAAGAUUUAUAAAAUUAAAUUGGCUCCUGACCCUGUGACAGAAGAAAGGCUUGAACUCAAAACCAAUAAUUCACCUACGUAACUGGAGCAUCCGUGUCUGCUUUGCCUGAUUUUAGACAGUUAAAGGUUUGUUGUAAAAACGAUAUGGAUAACAACGAAGACGUAGUUGAAUGCCCGCUUUGUAUGGAGCCCUUGGAGGUCGAUGAUCUGAACUUCUUUCCAUGCACCUGUGGCUACCAAAUUUGCCGAUUCUGUUGGCACAGGAUACGCACCGACGAGAAUAAACUGUGUCCAGCAUGCCGUAAGGAGUAUACUGAAAAUCCUGCGGAUUUCACGCCCCUGACUCAGGAGCAGAUUCUGGCCUUCAAGUCACAGAAAAAGCAACGCGACCAAAAGCGUAAGCAGAAGGUUCGCGUAACAGAGAAUCGCAAACAUUUAUCGAAUGUGAGAGUGGUUCAAAGGAAUUUAGUAUUUGUGGUCGGCCUACCGCCACGACUGGCAGAUGCCGAGGUGCUCAAGAAACAUGAGUACUUCGGUAAAUACGGCAAGAUACAUAAAGUUGUGAUAAAUCCCAGCACUGCCUAUGCCGGAGUGCAGGGGCCAUCCGCAUCGGCCUACGUCACCUAUGUGAAUAAUCAUGACGCUCUGAGGGCCAUACAAAGUGUCAAUACUCGUAAUAUUAUAAUAGAUGGUAGACUUAUAAAAACCAGUUUGGGAACUACGAAGUAUUGCAGCCAUUUUAUGAAAAAUCAAGUGUGCCCCAAAGGCGAUUGUAUGUAUCUUCAUGAGUUGGGUGAUCCAGAGGCUAGCUUUACUAAAGAAGAAAUGCAUCAAGGGAAACACCAGGAGUAUGAGAAACGUCUACAUGACGCAUUAGCAGUGAGCUCCAAUAGCUCUGGUGCGAGCGGCUCGAGUGAUGCAAAUCAAGCCAAUGGGAGCUCCGGUGUUCCGGUAUGGGGAAGUAACGGCGGAGAAAAUAAUCACGGUACGGCUAAUAAUAAAAGCAAUAAAUCAAAUUCCAGUUCGCAGUCUCAGGCCACGACCUCGUCAGCGGGAGCUUCACCUUCAUUAGCAUGUGGAUCUAGUGGUUCUUCUGUUGAAACAGCGGCUGACCCCGGUCUUAUAUUAUCGGUUUCACCAGUAAACAAAGACAUGGUAGGCACAAGUUCAAGUGAAGCCAAACAUAAAAAGGAACGGGGUCGGCACGAAAAGGUCAAAAAUGACAAAAAUACAAAAUCAAAAAAUAAAAAUAGUGUUAAUGAUGUAUGUAAAAGUUAUGUCGGCAAUACACAGAUGGAGUGUAGCAGCAAUCUCGGGGACAUCAAAGAUGGAGCAGAAACGCCUGCUAAUGGAAUGGCAUCUGAAUUUGCCAGCCCUGUCCAAGAUCGGGACAUUACUUCGAACAGUAGCGGCACCAGUAUAGCGAAGGGUAAAAUAAAUAAGCCAAAGGCUUCGAAAAAGUGUGUCGACGAAAGUGACAAUAAAAAAUUCGAUGCCGAUGAAAAGAAUAUUGGCGAAACCGAAAUCGAAAAGUCCAUUAUUAGUAUGAACAACGCAAAUGCUUCAGCGGAACUAUUUGAAAGUGCUGAAGUGUCUUUAAAGGAACUAACUGAUUGUAAGGAAAGCGAAAACAGUAAGGUGGAAGAAUUGGCGAUGGAUAGACUGUAUGAAGAAUCAAAAUUGAAAAAUGACGAAAUCGACGUUCCUGAUACAAAUUCAUGCCUUGCACAACUCAACUUAUUCGAUAACAAAGUAACUCCAAUGUUCUCUCCAGCAACAUCAGUUCAUAAUCCAAUGCGACCAGAAAAUAAAGUGGAUGAUUUGUCAAGUCAAUUGAAUAAUGUUAAAAUAUCACCAUUGCCCGACUUACUAAAAGGUAUCGAAGAGCAGCAAUUUCAACAAGUACAUCCCCAUCAACAAAAAGAACUGGCACGAUUACUUGAACUACACAAACAAAAUAGUCUAUUUGGAAAUAUGAAUCUAUCGCAGCCCAAUGUGCCACCAAGUGGGUUGCAAACUCAAUUUGGUAGUCUCACCGAUAUGGGGCAAUCACCACUGACAACUUUGGAGCAUGCUUCUGAACUUCUAUUGAGUCAAAAUCUCUAUGGCAUAAACAUGUCGAAGUUCUUUGAUUUUCAUAAGAACCAGCAACUACAGUUGCAGCAGCAUUGUGCCACAAAUGAGCAGCCGAUCGGGAAUGGAAGUAAUGCAAUUUUAGAAAACAACUCGAACCCCUAUCAGUUUAUGCAGCACUCAGGUCUUUCUUCUCUGCAGCAACAGCAGCAACACCAACAGCAGCAACAACAAAAACAAAGAAAUCUUGUCCAGCUUGAUUCAAUGUUAGCUCUGCAGCAGCACCACUCCACCAUUCAGACCCAACAACAUCCCUUACUUCAGAACCAGCACAGCCGCAUACAAAACGAGUUUUCGGCAAACACUUUCGUUGAUGAUGAUUUGGGAUUCGAUCCAUUUACUGAAACUCAGAAGGGUUUGGCUGAGCUAAUGGAAAACGAAGUGGUUAAGCCACCGCAUCAUUCUAAGUCUAAUUUGCGAGCAGCGGCUGAAUCCAAUAUGAUGCAUCAGCAUCAGCUCAGUAUGGAUAACAUGCAAAGAGCUCGCAUGCCACCACCGGGCUUUAAUCACAUGAAUACGUUUGGAUUGAACGCACCGCGGGAACACAGUGCUAGCAAAAUGAUGCCAUUUUCGAAUAUGACUGGUAAUAGAGCACAUUCAAAUGAUAUUCAAUAUUUGUCAGCUCUUAACUCUUGGGAUGCACACUUACAAUCGCCCCGGAAUCAAAUACCUAACUUCAAUGACAUGCAACCACAUCAAAUGAACCAAAAUAAUAGAAAUGUAGGUAAUUUGGCCAAUGACUGGACUGCCAUGGAUCCGGCAAUACUGUCCUUCCGUCAGUUCCCUUCAUGUCCUCAACCGUCUCAGAUGCUACAUCACCAUCAACCGAAGGAUUUGUUUCCUCCACAUUUAACGCAACAACAAAACAGUUUCUCAAAUCAAUCCCAUGGCGGUGCGAACAUGCACUUGUCCAAUAAUCAGAUGAGCUCACAAUCCGCUGCCCAAGCACAGGUGAACGCUAAUGUCCAAGGAAUGUUGGAGUACCUUAAAAAUCGUCAAUUCUUUUAAGCGACGUGAAAACAAUGAAAUUAUAAAAUUAUUGCUUUUAAAUAAUAAUAAAUCUAUCGCUUGCUUAUCUUUUUGUUGGUUUAA